GGCGGGAAAACACGCAGGUUUGGAGAGGGGCCAGGGAAAGAAUAAAGGAGUCUGGCCUUCCCAGGUCGCCUGUACACCGAAGGGUCUACAAGACUUUUCUUCCACUGGGGCUGGAAACCGAAGAGCCGGCUUGUAAGUCUAAAAGAGUGGGGAACGGCCGGGGAUAGAAAUCAGCCCCGGAACGCGUCCUGGUGAAGGUUUCGCUUUCCGGGGGACCGUUUGGACGCCGCUCCGCGGAGCGUCGGGGAUUGGCUCCGAGACCAGGCGCGAGGAGGAAGUGUUUCCGGAGGGGCCGCAUGAGCUGCUGCCCGCUCUCCGGGAGUAGGGAGGCGUCGUUCUAGGCCGAACCUCGCUGGUUCCGGAGGUCAGGUCGCGGCCGUGGCGGUGCUGUGAGAUGCUAGUGCGCGCGGCGCGGGGGGCCGGGGGCCUGGUGCUCAAGGCUCCCAGAGCCUGGCUGGGCCCCGUUCAGCACCGCGCGGCCUCAGGCCUCCCGAGAAAUACCGUCGUGCUGUUUGUGCCACAGCAAGAGGCGUGGGUCGUGGAGCGGAUGGGUCGCUUCCACCGGAUUUUGGAGCCAGGCUUAAACAUCCUAAUCCCUGUGCUGGAUCGAAUCCGGUAUGUGCAGAGCCUCAAGGAGAUUGUCAUCAAUGUGCCCGAACAGUCAGCUGUGACCCUGGACAACGUGACGCUACAGAUUGAUGGAGUGCUUUACUUGCGCAUCAUGGACCCUUACAAGGCGAGCUAUGGUGUAGAAGAUCCAGAGUAUGCAGUCACCCAGCUGGCCCAGACGACCAUGAGAAGUGAGCUUGGAAAGCUCUCAUUGGAUAAGGUUUUUCGUGAACGAGAAUCCCUGAAUGCCAGCAUUGUGGAUGCCAUCAAUCAGGCCUCUGAUUAUUGGGGUAUCCGCUGUCUCCGCUAUGAGAUCAAGGACAUCCACGUACCUCCUCGAGUCAAAGAGUCUAUGCAGAUGCAGGUAGAGGCAGAACGUCGGAAACGUGCAACGGUGCUUGAGUCAGAGGGAACUCGGGAGUCUGCCAUCAAUGUGGCUGAGGGAAAGAAGCAGGCACAGAUCUUGGCCUCUGAGGCAGAGAAGGCUGAACAAAUCAACCAGGCAGCUGGCGAGGCCACUGCAGUGCUGGCCAAAGCAAAGGCCAAGGCUGAGGCUAUACGGAUCCUAGCAGCAGCUCUGACACAACAAAAUGGAGAUGCAGCAGCUUCCCUAACAGUGGCCGAACAGUAUGUCAGCGCUUUCUCCAAACUGGCAAAGGAUUCCAACACCAUUCUGCUACCUUCUAAUCCUGGAGAUGUCACUAGCAUGGUGGCUCAGGCCAUGAGUGUGUAUGGAGCCCUUGCCAAAACCUCCACCACCGAGGCACCAAGUUCAGUCUCUGAUGGAAAAAUCAGGGUUGCCCAGCGUGCAAACACUGGUCAGGAUGAAGAACUGGAACGUGUAAAACUGAGUUAGCAGAGCCUGGCUUGGCUUGUGGGCCCUGGGAAUCCUGGGAGAGGCUUCUGAUCCAGGACCCAUCUUUACCCCACUGCCCUCAACACUUCUGGACCCCUCAGCCAAGAUUUUGGUUUUUAUUUUUUUAUUUGAACUUUAAUCAUGUAAUAAAUACAUCUGGUGGGACAGCA